UUUAAUUUAGAACUGUAUAAACCUCCCAUUUCUGAAAGGCCCUGAAGGCAGCAGAUCGAACGACAGUACUUGGUGUUACAGCUGCUGGCUACACACUUUACAAACAAGAAACAAAAGCGGCGGAGUCGUUCAAAAGAAACCAGUUUCACCAUGUCAGCUCCUGGUCCAGAAGGUUCUGCUGCUGCAUCGAGCAACAAGCGCUUGCAGCAGACACAGGCCCAAGUGGAUGAGGUAGUGGAUAUUAUGCGCGUUAAUGUGGACAAAGUACUGGAACGUGAUCAGAAAUUGUCUGAACUGGAUGACAGAGCAGACGCACUGCAGGCUGGAGCCUCCCAGUUUGAGACCAGUGCAGCUAAGCUGAAACGGAAGUACUGGUGGAAGAACUGCAAGAUGUGGGCCAUCUUGAUAGCUGUAAUAGUGAUCAUCAUCAUCAUCAUUAUUAUUUGGUCCACCUCAAAGUGAAGCAGAUUGAAGAAGAUUGGAGGUAAAGAAGAAUUGGGCAAUAUGUAUGCUUCAGGUCUCAGAAAGAAAUCAAAUGAUCACAUUAUUCACUUUUCCAUGGGUCUUCCUUUCUUAUCUUGGAUUGACUUAGGUGUUUGUGUGUGUAUUUGUAAAGGAUUGUAUUAAAACUGCAGUUUUGCUUCUGCGACUUACAACACACACAUGCACAAAUUUCAUUCUUGAGACUGGAAGGGAAGGAUAUUGUUGUAAAAUCUCUCUGCUUAUGAUAUUAUAUUAUACGUAGUCACUAAUGUGUGUGCCUGGCUAAGAAAUGUGCCUUUCUUUUGGAUUGUAUUAGUUUGCAAUGCCCCUUUUGUACCACAUAGAGGUUUUUGCUUUUCAGACUAUUAUAAUUACCUGUAUUUUGAUGUUUCCUUUUUCUUUUUUUUAAGAUUUAGGUUGUUCUGCCAAUGCUUACAGUGAACAUGUGCACAGUGGGAUUUAAUAUCUAUUUGUGUUUUUUGCACAUGGUUUAGUGCUUAUUAAGUUAUUCAUAGUAAUAACAGAAAAUACAAUUGAUGUAAAAGGUUAUCCACAUAAACAUAGUACUAAUCAGUAAGAAACUUUUAAAACCAUCUUAUCAAAGUUUAUUUACUUUCUCCUUGGCACCUUCAUGUUGUAAAAGCUUAUGUUUAGAUAAGUGCUUAACUGCAAAGACCAAACAGCCACAUGACCUUACUAAAAAAUAACAGUAAUAACGGGAGGGUUGUCUCAGAGAUUCUCAGAAACGUGUUAAAAAGAUAGAUUUUGUGUAAUGUCCAAACACAGCGAUGUGCGAAAAUGUAGUUUCAGACUGAUGUCUUAAAAGUCUACCAAAUGAGAACUGCCAAAUACAGAAAAAAAAAAAAUUUUUUUAAUCAUCUGUUCAAGCCAGUAACACGUUAGUGCCUUCAAAUGCUCAAACUGUCAAAGACUCUACUGCUGUCUUUACUCAGCUGAACAUAACCUUUAAUGAGCUCUCCGGUUAUGUCGCACCUGCAUUUAUUAUAUCCGAUAACAGACUUUCCACAUGUGACACUUUAGUUUUAGUGUAGAAUAAAUUUGUGUGCAUAAAAUGUAGAACUAAUCAAAUGCUUGGAAGAAGUUUUUUUUAUGGUGCUUUUCUUGCUACUGCUGAACAUUAACACAGUUCAUUGUAAUAUAUACUAUUCGACACUGGAUUUGGAGUUUUCUUACUUUGUAUAAUACAUUUUUCCGUGACUGUUAGUGUUUUUUUUGUUUUUGGCAUUUUCAGAAUAUCUAGUUCUUAUUUAACCUUGCCCUUCAAAAUACAUCCUUGAUCUGGAGUAAUUAAUGUAUUGUGGCCUUUCUUAGGUUAUAGACAAUAGUCUAUAGGUAAUACUUUUAUUGCAUACAGUAAGCCAUGCUAUCAGUUGUCAUUCCUUUCUAUUUACACAGAAAUCUGACACCCUUUAACUUUUAAGCCUUAUAAUUGCGUGCUAGGAAAUUGUCUGAUAAAGUGCAAUUGUACUUUGUGGCCCUUAUAAACUGUUGCUUGAAUAAAAUUGAUUCAAUUUAUAUUAAAA